AUGAAGGGUGAGCAUGAUGUAGAUCUUUUCCCUGAAGAAGAAGUUUUUACUCCAGUAGAUCCUAGCAAAAUGGAGGUAAAAAUUAGAUUUGCAAAUAAGGAAGCAUUUAAGAAACAUCUCAGGGGUUAUUGUGUUCUUAAUAAGUGUCAAUAUAUUUUGGAUAGAAGUGCUCCCUCUAGAAUUAAGGCUGAGUGUAGGUUUAAAACAGAACAUGAUUGUCCUUGGUUUGUGUAUGCUAGCAAGAAAGAGGGUGAGAAGACUUUUGUUCUUAGGAAAAUGAAGAAUAAGCCUAAAAAAGUUGUUCCAGACCCUUAUAAAAUCAAGGAAGACUUUUUAGCUGAAAAGAGAGUAAAUAUACCAUAUCAGUGUGCAUGGAAGGCUAGUAAUCUAGUUUUAGAGUCAUUAUAUGGGAACUAUAAAGAAAGUUACAAUGAAGUACCAGCAUUCUGCAAGAUGUUUACAAAAUGCAAUGAUGGGUCUGUUGCUAAGUUCACUUUUGACACAGUGAAUAACACCUUUGAAAGCAUGACACUCUCAUUUGAACCUGCAAUGAGGGGUUGGCGAAAAGCAUGCAGGGGAGUUAUAGGGCUUGAUGCCUGCCAUCUAACAGGGGAAUAUGGGGGAGUAUUGAUGGCUGCAACUGCACUUGAUGGACAGAAUGGGUUAGUAAUGUUAGGAAUUAUGGUAUGCAGAGCUGAAACAAAGGAAAAUUGGAUCAUUUUUUUGAAGCAUUUGAAGGAUGCAAUAUUAGCACAUCCAGUGAAAGUGGCUUUCAUUUCAGAUAGGCAAAAAGGUUUAUUGGAAGCUGUUGGUAUAGUGUUCCCUGGCCAUCACCACAGAUACUGUUGGAGACAUUUAUACAAAAAUUUCAAGAAGGAUUACAAGGGUCUUGAAUUAUACAGUUCUUUAUGGAAUGCAGCAAAAGCAUACAAAGAAAAGCAUUUUCAGGAACAUUUUGACAAUAUUGUGAAACAGAGUGCUGCAGCUGGUGCUUAUCUCAGAGGACUGAAUCUGCAUCAUGGGUAG